GGGGCCCCGCGGCGCUGCCAGACCGACCCCUGCCCAUCGCUCUUAAGGAACUCUCAUGGCUUCACGGCUGCAKACAAGUUGCCGUGCAUCGUGGUGGACUAUCGGAGUUUGCAUCCUGGCAGCCGCGCUCCUACCAGGGCUGCAAGCUCAGACUGUCUUGGUCAAUGACAGCGUCUCGGGGUUCAUCGGGACGGACGUGGUGCUGCACUGCAGCUUCACCAACCCGCUGCCCAAUGUGAAGAUCACGCAGGUGACGUGGCAGAARGCCACCAACGGCACCAAGCAGAAUGUGGCCAUCUACAACCCCGCCAUGGGCGUGUCCAUCCUGUCCCCCUACAAGGAGAGGGUGAUUUUCAGGAACCCCUCCUUCAAGGAUGGCACCAUCCAGCUGUCGCGGCUGGAGCUGGAGGAUGAGGGCGUUUACAUCUGUGAGUUCGCCACUUUCCCAACCGGCAACCGGGAAGGGCAGCUGAACCUCACCGUGCUGGCCAAGCCCACCAACUGGAUGGAGGGCACCAGGAGGCCGCUCAUCGCCAAGUCAGGCAGGACAGAAAAGAUCUUGGUAGCCACCUGCACCUCCUCCAACGGCAAACCCCCCAGCACCGUCAGCUGGGACACGAAGCUGAARGGGGAGGCGGAAUUCCAGGAGAUCCGGAACAGCAACGGCACGGUGACGGUGAUCAGCCGCUACCGCCUGGUGCCCAGCCGCGAGGCGCACCGCCAGCCGCUGGUCUGCGUGGUCAACUACCAGCUGGAGAGGUUCACUGACAGCAUCACCCUCAACGUGCAGUACGAGCCAGAAGUCACCAUCGAGGGCUUUGAUGGCAACUGGUUCCUGAACCGCAAGGAUGUGAAGCUGAUCUGCAAAUCYGAUGCCAACCCCCCGGCUCACACCUACGAGUGGAAGCUGCCAAACGGGACCCUGCCAGGGAGCGUGGAAAUCCAGAACAACACCAUCUACUUCAAAGGGCCCGUGUCCUACAGCGUGGCCGGCACCUACGUCUGCGAGGCCACCAACGCCAUCGGGACACGCUCRGGCUUGGUGGAAGUCAAUGUCACAGAAUUUCCCUACACCCCGUCUCCAAUCGAUGAUCACAAAUCCAUGGUGCAGCCGAACAUCCCCACACCGGUGAUUGGGGGCAUAGUGGGAGGCGUCUCGCUGGUCCUGGUGGUGGCCGUGGUGCUCUUUGUGGUGCUCCGGCGCCGGCGUCACACCUUCAAGGGUGACUACAGCACAAAGAAGCACGUGUACGGCAACGGCUACAGCAAGGCCGGCAUCCCGCAGCACCACCCGCCCAUGGCCCAGAACCUGCAGUACCCCGACGACUCGGACGACGAGAAGAAGCCGGGCCCGCUGGGCAGCAGCACCUACGAGGACGAGGAUGAGGAUGGCGGAGGCGAGCGCAAGCUGGGCGUCCCCAAAGCCUACGAGGAGGACGCCAAGAGGCCUUACUUCACCGUGGACGAGGGCGAGCCCCACCCCGAGCCGUACGACGAGAGGACACUCGGCUUCCAGUACGACCCCGAGCAGCUCGACCUGGCCGAGAACAUGGUGUCGCAGAACGACGGGUCUUUUAUUUCCAAAAAGGAGUGGUACGUGUAGCUCCACGCCCCUCUGCUACACUCACGCGCACYCACGCACCCGCGGCAACGCGCUCACGAGCGGUGCCCUCCACCCUGCGCCCCCCAGCCCGCCCUGGCACAGACUUUUCCAGAUUCUCCCAGCAGGAACGGGCUGGGCUGGGUGCCAGCGGGGAAGGGAGGGCGGCUUUGCUUAUGGAUCAUUUUUUUUUGGGGGGUGGGGGCUCGUGCGGGAGGGGCGGGAGGUCGGGUAAUUAUUUUCUCUCUCUCUCUCUCUCUCUCUCUUCGGUUUUUUGGUUUGGCUUUUUUAAUUUCUCUCUCUCUUCGACGACUUUCGUCCCCUUCUGUGGUGUUCGUAUUGGUCGGUGGCUUAGGUGUUACUCUUUGCUUUAACGACUGUUGCCCAGCCUGUAUAUUCCACUCUGUUUGUGUCUUYAUGUCUCAGAGUGCCCAUCCCUCCCCGAGGCUUCCUCCUCCCGCUCCCACCCCCCUGAAACACUGGAAAUUUGUUUGUGUGUUGUCUUCUUUGUUUGUUUUUUUAACCUUGGGAGGUGGGCUGUCCGUAGGACAGAGGCCAGGAGAGUUUGUGGCAAUGGAAUCAUGGGUGCCAUUAUCAGGUGAAUGGAUUUUGGGUUUUUAUUUYCCCCCCUAAUCACUUUUUUUUUUUCCCAGUGGGGUCUGGGUGACAUCCCCAUUGCCUGCUGCAUGCUUGAAGGGAUCCACACCCAGUUUUUAAUGACUCAAUAAAAGGAAAAUGAGGAGAAAGGUGGGGGRAAAAAGCGCCCUAGCCCAAACCCCAGGUGCAGGGGCUGAUAGCAGAGCAGGGAAACAAAACUGCCAUUUUCCUCGUACAAUUUAUUAUCACCUGGCUUUUCAUUUUUCCGUCUUUGUUCGAGUGUUCUUUUAAAAGAAAGGAAAGGAGUAUUUAUUGCUGACAUUUUCCCCCCUGUGAUGGCUCAGAGAAAGGCUGGCUCUUUUUGUUCUCGUUGSUGUUGUUGUCGCUGGUGCCAGCCGCAGAGCAGUUCACAGGGGCACAACCACUGGGGAAGGGACCAACCGAGGACACUUUGCUUCCACACAUUCACUGCCUUCAGCCRUGCCCUGCACACCCUGGCAGGGCAGGACCAGCCCCUGAGUUUUAUUUUAUUUUAUUAUACCACUAAGACUUAAGUGUCAUGUGUUUACACUUUGUUUUUUAUUCUGCUCAGAGCACGGGGGUGCUUCCCUCUCUCUCUCUCUCUCCUUCCCCUAGCAACGACCCCAGCCUGUGGCUGCACCACGUAGCUGGCAUUGAUUGCCACWUUUCCAAUAUCACAUCCCUCUCCUGAGCUCAGGCUUGGCAGGCAGGGUAGGAGGGGUUGAGCCUGGGCUAUUGAUCUCACCCUCCUUGCCUUGAGCCACGGCGUUGUGCCGGGGGGAGGUUUGGAUUGCUGCUAUCUCUGCUCUGUGGAUAAACGGGAUUCCAGACUCCAGGGCCCUCUGUCUCACACCGACCAUCUCCAAAUUAGAUUCACUGGGUUGGGGCUUAUUUUUUCUUCUUGCGGGUUAUAUUUUUUUUUCUUUUUUUUAAUUUGAUGUAUAAAUAAAUCUUUUGUUUGAAAAGAAAUCCCCAGUUUUCUGAGCUGUAUUAUCAUGCACAUCUAAAAAUAGCAGGACUAAUUCUCCUCCUGCCUUACCCGCUGGGUUUUGUUCCACAGCGGUUAUCCUGCUGCAAGAAGGGAGGAGGGUGGAGAGGCAGAGCCACAGAGAUGAGUCAAGGUCAGAUCCCUGAUCCAGGCAGCUCCAAAGCUUUUCUUUUCCGUGGUGGUGCUUGGGGCRCUCAGCCUGACCCCCCCAGCUCGCUGUGAUUGCAUUAGUGGGGUAGGGCAGUGGGCAAUCCAAUUGUAGGGCUGUAAUCUCCCUGCUGUUCCUGCCAGCCCCCCAGGCUUCCUGGCUGCUGGCACGGCAGCCACAGGCCACAGGAAGGUUGUGUUCUGUGCUCUCAGAGCCAGGGCACGCACAGAUCCCUUGGGAUUGCCCAGGCUGAGCUGUCCUGGGUCUGUCUGCUGCCACCGGAGCACGCUGCCGGUGAGAAACCCCCAACAAAGGAAAUAAAACCUCUCAGCAUCAUCCCGUAUCUCGGAUUGCUGAUGAUUAGUUGUGGGAAUGGCUUCCUCCCGUUCCUUGGGAGAGCAGCACGCACUGGGCUUUGAUUCCCUCAGAGGGAGACGCUGUAAUCUGGAUCAGGACAGAGCUGCACACUGAGUGGUGCUGGGAAAUUCCCUACAAACUCCAUCUCUCAAAUAAAUAAUCCUUUAGAUCUGAAUUCCACAGCCAGGCUCUGAUGGGACUGGGACAGUGCCUCCAACAGCAAGCUCUGGGCGGCCAAAAUGAGGGACAGAGUGGGACGAGUGGCACAGAGUGACAACUGUGGCACAGAGCGGGAU